CCCGGACCCCCUGUGCCCCUGCUCUGCGAUCAUCACUCCCACACCCGACCCUGCCCAUAGCCCAAGCCUCGGGUUCUCCAACCGGCACCUCCGCGUCGCAAAGCGCACAAGUGCGAUGGGAGUACGUACCAAACCCUGGUCAUCCAUGAGCCCCAUAGCCCACUUCGGUACGUUCUCUUUACCUCACUCGGGUUAAAGUCUACAUGGGUACCUGUGCAAGUGAAUACGUAGUGCACCUGUGGUCGCACCUUUUGCUCCCAUAUUUAUAAGUCGCCGUCCCUCCGUGGUUUGCCACCAGAUCUCAAUUCGCAUCACACAUCAUCAAAACAUUCAACCUUCUUAAACCCACAUCAUGCUGUUAACCCAACCCGCUACUGUGCAACCUCUUCAGCAACACCACUUCUGUCACAACAGCCACAACAACCAUUCACAAUACCAGCAUCAGCUCCAGCCCCAACCUCAACAACCACAACACUUUUAUCCUCAGUCACUCGACUUCGACUUCGACCUCGACACAUCUUUCGACGACGUAGCACAGGAUCUCAACUCGUCGAGUAUCUCAUCUUCACCACUUUCGACUCAAUCCUUUAUUUCUCCUCAUUACUCCUUGGCGAACCAGCCGGUCAGCCUUUCAGAUUACACACCAUCUAACUUCGCUGUGCCACGAAGAGCGGCCAUUGACAACACGGCUUUCGACGACUCGUCUUUGAAUUUGAAUCAUCAGCAAGACCAUAUGCAUUCCGACGCCUGGGUGGUAGGGAAUCAGUACGCUCCCAAGUCGGUCGGCCGACUAUCUCACCAACGGGAAUCCUCACUGUCGUCUCUGGGCUCUGCUGGCCCUGCCUCACCCUACAAUCUCAACAUUUCGAACCCCCAGAUCGCGGUUACAGACUCGACAGCAGACGGUGUAUACGACAUGCAGUCCCACGACAGCAGUGCCUUCUAUCAGCUGUCCAGCAAAGCUAUGGCGGCGCCACACGAGAACAUGUAUCCGAACUACAACGGAUUGAACAACAUCUCACCAGACAUGAGUGGUUAUGCAUCUGCUGUAAACGUCCAAAGGCCGCGUUCUGAUCGGAGUUUGCUUCCCGCUCCGGAACUCUCGGUCGCAGGCAACAGAUCUCACCCUAACUCGGUGGCGAGUUCCAUUGCCGGUGACUCACCCGCCACUCCGUCACACAUCGAGCAAGAAGAUGACCGGAGACGCAAAGCUGUAUUUAGCAAUGUCCCCAAGUUGGAUCGUACGAUGACGGACAUUUACAACGAUGAGCUCUACAGUCCAAACUUCACAAUCACAUCAGCAUCUCCAGCCCAAAGUCAGAUGGCUGUGUCCCCCAGCAACGAUGUUUUUGCUCAAAGGCUUAGCGCAGCCAACAACCAACACUUGAGCGCGGUGCAUUCACCUGCGUCCAAUGUAUCACGAGACCGGUCUCCAUUCCGCCAAGGCUCGCCACUCGCACCUGUUGCCAAUCACGAUUUCGGUGCCGGCAUGCAUGCCUCCCGUUUGAGGUUCAAUUCUGCACUCCAAAUGCGAGAGCAGAAGAAGGCGGAACAAGAUGCUCAGGCUAUGAGGCAACAAAUGUCCAUGAAGUCUGAGCCCGAUACCCCCAAGACCAUAUCCCCCAAGGACGCCAUGCUUGAGUUUCACGACGCUGAUGGCGAUUCUUCCUUUCCAUUGUUCCCAUCACAGGAGCCGGCGGAUUUUGAGGAUAUCGCAAAGGCCGUCGUCUCUCAGGAUCAGCAAGCGAACUUCGUCAGGUCUGGCAUGCAGACUGGAGCAUCUUUUCCUUUUAUGUCCGCACAACUCCAGGCUGGCGUCCAGAUCCCUCAGCAAUACCCUUUCAUCGCUCACCCCCGUCAAUCCCAGGAUCACAUGCCUCGGCUCAGCUCUACCGAGUCUAGUGAUGGCGGUUCCGAGGGGACACCAAUGUCGAACGGUGGUUCUAUAUCCAAGCCAGCUGGCACCACCGCGGAUGGAGGGACGUAUACGUGCACAUAUCAUGGUUGCACGAUGCGCUUCGAAACGCCUGCUCUUCUGCAGAAGCACAAACGUGAGGGUCACCGCCAGACUCAAGGAAUUGGGGGCCCCCGGAGGCCCGAUACCGUGGUUGCCUCGCCCGACAGCCUUCUGAACAGCCAAGCAGGUCCGCACCGCUGUGACCGCAUCAACCCAAGCACCGGCAAGCCGUGUCAUACGAUAUUUUCACGCCCUUACGAUUUGACCAGGCAUGAGGACACCAUCCACAACGCGCGGAAGCAGAAGGUUCGAUGCAAUCUUUGCACUGAAGAGAAGACAUUCAGUCGCGCCGACGCACUUACACGACACUACCGCGUCUGCCAUCCCGAUGUCGAAUUCCCGGGCAAACAUCGUCGUCGUGGUCACAACACCUAGACAUCAACUAUCUCCACGAAUCGAAUUACGACCAGUGAUCACAUUACGGUUGUGGUGGUUUUCAGGCCAUACAACAACAUCCAACCACAUCAUCAUGCGAUGUAGCAGGGACCGACCGGGUAAAGCAGUGUACAUGACGUCGACCAGAAGCAGCCAAAAGUUCAAUUGUCGAAAUGGAGGGUGCAAACCCCCGCAUGAAGACAGCGUCGCAGACAGAAGUUUGGCACUGACGUCUGUGUAGCCAAUCCGACGGCUGUAUUGAAUCGAAUGGGGUACGUCAAUUGGUUGAACUGGACCCUUGAACACCUUGGCCGAUACCAACCUGUAGUGGGGCGAACGGGCAUGAGUGGAAAUCCAGGGUCCUUCACCUUGCAGCAAGGGUCGUGCGGCAUGAUAUCAUAUGGUCCGUGCUUAACAACCCUGACGAUCUGGAUGAUCCGCAAUGACAUCAUCUGUUCCAACUUACCCUGCGGAAUUAUCCAUGCGAUUCUUGCCGGUUCCGACUCUGUCAGACUCCGCCCGGCGACAUCAUGACGAGCCUUGGCACGAUCAUUCACCCCGCCAAUUCACCCGUCAAACGGAGAAAAUGAGUUGGAAGAGGAGUGCUAUGACACUACCAUGACAUCUACCACUUUUGGCAUUCACUGGUUCGAUUACUUCCAUCACCUACAAACACCGAUACGUAUUCGGCUUUAACAGGCUAGAAUGUCUGAGAAUCACUGCCCACAAACUUUCCCAGAUUUUGUCCAUUUCAGCGAUCCAUCAUCACAUUGUACAUUAGCGGUGUUUAUUGGUACCCUUUCUCGCCAUGUAAAUCUUUUCAUGUUGCCGGACAACUGGGACUGUUGUACACUACACUUUUUGUUUAUCUGCGUCGCACCUGCAUGAGUAGACCCCAAAAAAAAAGGAGCGCUAUGGGUUUUGGUCGGUAUGGGUCAGCUGCGGUGACAGCUAACAGCGGAAUGAAUUUAUGAUUGGUAACGAGAGCCUAUAGAGAAUUAGUUAAUAACCUGUACAACAUUACAAAGAUCAAAAAAAUUAAACCACAACCUUUA